AUCAAAUUUGGCAUCUGAAUCUUUUCUGGUGUGGGAAAUCAAAAAGGGAAGAAAGGAUGAAGAGUGUGAAAGGAAAGCUCUCGAGGAAGCUUAAAUCAAUCAAACCAGUUGGUUACCUAAAGCCAGAUCGGGUUCUUCAAGCAUUAGCCAUAGAUGGGUUUACCGAUUCUUUCUCCAAGGCACCGAUUCCCGAUGAACAAGAUGAACAACCCAAGUUGUUCACCAAAGCAUCGGAAUCAGAGCAUGAAAACAUCAAAGUGAGCUCUGUAAGAUUCGUCGAGAAUCAGCCUGAAGUCAUUGCUGUAACAGAGCUAAUGAAAGAUCUUGAAUCCGACGACGAUGAAGAAGAAGAACUGGGUUUGAAUGAAGAGAUUGACGAUAAAGAGAAUAUUACGCCACAUGUUGAGAAAGAGAAUGCGAAUAUGAAUUGUAGGCAAAGUACUUGCGCCCCGUUAUCGGAGAUCGAUGUGUCGUGUUUUCGGAAGCCGGAUUUGAAUUCUUGUACCCUCUUUGACCCUAACCUUCUGGUUGUCUUUGAACAAGCUGUGAAGGAGCACAUGAAGAUGAAUGAAGAAGAGAGGAGAGCAUGGAUCGAGCAGGAUAAUGUACUCGAGAAGAAGACAAGAACCCUGGAAGACAGUGAUGAAAACAGCAGAAAAGGAAUGGAGAAAAAGGCAAGAAUCCAUGACGAGGAUGCAAAUGGCGAUCCUCUAUUAGGAUUCGAAGAGAAGUGUCCGGCCGGAGUCGACGGGUCCGUCAUCCUUUACACGACAACUCUGAAAGGAAUACGAAAGACCUUCGAGGACUGCAACAGCUUGCGGUUCCUGUUGGAGAGUUUCCGAGUGAUAUUCUACGAAAGGGACGUAUCGAUGCACACGGAAUACAGGGAAGAAUUAUGGAGGAUUUUGGGUGGAAGGGUGAUGCCCCCGAGGCUGUUCAUUAAAGGUAGAUACAUCGGCGGAGCCGAUGAAGUUCUUACCUUGCAUGAGCAAGGGAAGUUGAAGAUGCUCUUCAAUGGCGUCCCUAUGGAUACUUGUAAUGGCGCUUGUGAAGGUUGUGGCGGUGUUCGGUUUGUGCUUUGUUUCGUCUGCAAUGGCAGUCAUAAGAUCAUUUCCGAUGACGGGUUGUCCAGUAAAUGCAUGCAGUGCAAUGAGAAUGGCCUCAUUGUUUGCCCUCUUUGCUCUUGAUUUCUGUUUCGUUUCUUUUUUGGGGUUCUACUUCUUGCUGUGUGUUAUUUGUAAAACAUUGCUUCUCCCAUUCCUUAAU